GAAAAAUUAAAAUUUAACGGAAAAUCCACCGACAAAUUUGUUGGCUUUCGUAACUGAAGUGUUCUCACUUCAAGAGUUCAAGUAACGCUUUUUGCGACUACAUCCCAUAUUCCCUACAAUCCUCACCACCGGCCGCCGCCGCAACACUGCCGACUUACGGAAGAGUCCAGAUCUGGUAAUUGGUCGUCCUGAUCCGUAAUUGUUGUUCUCCGAUGGGAAAAGGGGGAGCUCUGAGUGAGGGUGUACUGAAGAAGAUCCUGCUUUCAUACUCGUAUGUCGCCAUCUGGAUCUUCCUCUCCUUCACCGUCAUCGUCUACAAUAAGUACAUCCUCGAUCACAAAAUGUACAAUUGGCCGUAUCCGAUCUCGCUUACCAUGAUCCACAUGGCUUUCUGCUCGUCCUUGGCCUACGUUCUCGUCCGGGUCAUCAAGCUCGUCGAGCCGGUUUCAAUGUCAUGGGAUCUGUACUUCAAAUCCGUCGUUCCUAUCGGCCUCCUCUAUUCCUUUUCUCUCUGGCUCUCCAAUUCCGCUUACAUUUACCUCUCCGUCUCCUUCAUCCAGAUGCUCAAGGCUCUUAUGCCGGUCGCCGUGUACUCCAUCGGAGUUCUGUUUAAGAAGGACGCUUUCAAGUCCGAGACAAUGACGAAUAUGAUAUCGAUUUCGGUAGGUGUCGCGAUUGCCGCGUACGGCGAGGCUAAAUUCGACACGUGGGGAGUGAUUCUGCAAUUAGGCGCUGUGGCAUUUGAGGCUACCAGGUUAGUCAUGAUUCAGAUCCUGCUCACUUCCAAGGGUAUCACGCUUAACCCUAUUACUUCCCUUUAUUAUGUGGCGCCAUGUUGUUUGGUUUUCUUGUUUGUUCCAUGGGUUGUUGUUGAGUACCCUGUUUUAAGGGAGAAUUCCAGCUUCCAUUUAGAUUAUGUCAUCUUUGGGACCAAUUCUUUGUGUGCAUUUGCUCUCAACCUUGCUGUGUUCUUGCUUGUGGGCAAGACUUCUGCUUUAACCAUGAAUGUUGCUGGAGUGGUUAAGGAUUGGUUGUUGAUUGCGUUUUCCUGGUCUGUGAUUAAAGACACUGUCACCCCAAUCAACCUCUUUGGUUAUGGAUUAGCUUUCUUGGGUGUGGCAUACUACAAUCACUCAAAACUACAGGCGCUUAAGGCCAAGGAGUCACAGAAGAAGCCUUCUCAGACUGAUGAUGAGGAGGCUGGCAGGUUGUUGGAGGAAAGGGAUGGGGAGAAUGUACCUAAAAAGAAUGAAUCACCCUAACAAGAUCACACUAUAUGAGUGUUCAUGAGUUUGUUAUGGAGAGGAGCUAAAAAAUGAAAAUCAGAUGGCAUUUGGUUUUCUUUGGGCAAUAGAUAUGUGAAACGUUUUUUGUCUACUAGAUUUAAGGUAACCUAUUUUAGAUCAUUCCUAUGUCUUAAGCUUUACUUGAGGCUCUUUAUAUAUGUCUUACAUUUCACAUUCGAUUUAUUUAAUUAAUUAACAUGAUUUUCAAGCUUCUUAUUCAUUAAAGUGUGGGUUCUUUUCUGUAUUGCCUU